AUGCCUAUACAGCAGCUCGACCCCGAGGGUGACGGCAUCGCAAAAAGGAUGCACGGGCUAGGCAUCAGCGACGACGACGAACAAUGGCACAAUGAGGAUACUCGCAGAAAGCACACGGAGUAUACGGCCUGGAUAUCCGUAUACAACAACGCCCAAACCGCGAGAGAAGAUCGACGUCUCAAAGCCAAGGCACUCCAUACUGAACAACAAUUGCAACUGCGAGUUCUCGAAGAAAAUCCUAAGACAGCUGCUGCUACACUAUGUCUCAGAGAGCCUGCCCCAAGCCGAGGAUGA